CGCAGGCCCCGCCCGUCCCCGGUCCCGAGUGUCCAGCUCGCCCGGCCUCCGGGUCUAGCCGGUCCGGGGCCCGCCCCUGAAGACGUGGAACGCGGCUGCAGCGGCGGUUUUCAGCAAGUUUGCUGAAGAUGAAAGUGACCUUAUCAGCUUUGGAUACUUCUGAGAGUUCUUUCACACCUUUGGUGGUUAUAGAACUUGCUCAGGAUGUCAAAGAAGAGACCAAAGAAUGGCUGAAAAACAGAAUUAUUGCUAGAAAGAAAGAUGGAGGUGCCCAGUUGUUGUUUAGACCUCUGUUAAGUAAAUAUGAGAAAGAAACGCUAGAAAAUCAGAAUUUGUAUCUCAUUGGUGCCUCCAAGACGAGAUUAUUGCUGGGGGCAGAGGCCGUGGGACUGGUGAAAGAGUGCAAUGACAACACCAUGAGAGCCUUCACCUAUGGAACCCGACAGAACUUCAAAGGCUUCCAUGAUAACAAUGAUGAUUUCCUCACAAUGGCAGAAUGUCAGUUCAUUAUCAAACAUGAACUUGAAAAUCUUAGAGCUAGAGAUGAACAAAUGAUCCCUGGUUAUCCCCAGGCAAAGUUGUAUCCGGGAAAAUCAUUGUUGAGAAGAUUGCUAACGUCUGGCAUCGUGGUUCAGGUGUUCCCACUGCAUGACAAUGAAGCCCUGAAGAAACUUGAGGACACCUGGUAUACUAGGUUUACUUUGAAGUAUCAGCCUAUAGACAGCAUUCGUGGCUACUUCGGGGAAACAAUUGCUCUUUACUUUGGAUUUUUGGAAUAUUUCACUUUUGCCUUAAUCCCCAUGGCUGUCAUUGGGUUACCUUACUACCUGUUUGUGUGGGAAGACUAUGACAAGUAUGUGAUCUUCGCCUCAUUCAACCUGAUCUGGUCUACAGUGAUCCUUGAGGUGUGGAAGCGUGGCUGUGCAAACAUGACCUAUAGGUGGGGGACACUGGUCAUGAAGAGACAGUUUGAGGAGCCCCGGCCAGGAUUUCAUGGGGUCCUGGGUAUCAAUGCUGUCACCGGCAGGGAGGAGCCACUCUACUCCAGCUACAAGCGACAGUUGCGCAUUUACCUGGUCUCUCUGCCAUUUGUGUGCCUCUGUCUCUAUUUCUCUCUGUAUGUCAUGAUGAUUUACUUUGACAUGGAGGACUGGGCCUUGAGUCUUCAUGAGGACAGUGGGUCUGAGUGGACCAGUGUCCUGUUGUAUGUGCCAAGCAUCAUCUAUGCCAUUGUGAUUGAGAUCAUGAACCGCCUCUAUCGGUAUGCUGCUGAAUUUUUAACUUCAUGGGAGAACCACAGAUUGGAAUCUGCCUACCAGAAUCAUCUAGUUCUGAAAGUUUUGGUGUUCAACUUCCUGAAUUGCUUCGCCUCACUCUUCUACAUUGCCUUUGUCCUGAAAGAUAUGAAGCUUUUGCGCCAGAGCUUGGCUACACUUCUGAUUACCUCCCAGAUCCUUAACCAAAUUGUGGAGUCUCUUCUUCCGUACUGGCUCCAAAGGAAGCAUGGUGUGCGGGUGAAGAGGAGGGUUCAGGCUUUAAAGGCAGACAUCGAUGCUACAUUAUAUGAACAAGUCAUCCUGGAAAAGGAAAUGGGAACUUACUUGGGCACCUUUGAUGACUACUUGGAGUUGUUCCUGCAGUUUGGCUACGUGAGCCUUUUCUCCUGUGUUUACCCAUUAGCAGCUGCCUUUGCUGUGUUAAAUAACUUCACUGAAGUCAAUUCAGAUGCCUUAAAAAUGUGCAGAGUCUUCAAACGCCCAUUUGCAGAACCUUCAGCCAGUAUUGGUGUAUGGCAGUUGGCUUUUGAAACCAUGAGUGUUAUAUCUGUGGUCACUAACUGUGCUCUGAUUGGAAUGUCACCACAAGUGAAUGCAGUCUUUCCAGAGUCAAAGACAGACCUUAUUUUGAUUGUAGUUGCAGUGGAGCAUGCACUCCUGGCUUUAAAGUUUAUACUCGCAUUUGCCAUACCUGAUAAGCCACGGCAUAUCCAGAUAAAGCUGGCCAGAUUGGAAUUUGAGUCUUUGGAGGCCCUCAAGCAGCAGCAAACGAAGCUGGUGACUGAGAACCUGAAGGAGGAACCACAGGAAGGCAGCAAGGAGAAGUCAGCCUGAGCACCAGUACACCUGACUGCCCUGUCCUGGAGCCUGCCACUUGAGCACACACCGAGAGGGCACUCAGGCAGCAUUGCGCCUAAACCCAGACCCACUGCUUGGCCAUGUGGUUCCCAUGUGGCAGGUGCCUGUCUCACUCAGCAGUGUCACAACUUGGUGGGUGGAAGCCAGGACCCUUGGCAGCUCUUGACAGUGCCCUGGCCCCACCCACCCAUCCCCAUCCUGGCCCUGCCCCCUCCAGCUGCCUCACUUUGCUCCAAAGUCACUGCUAUCCUCUACCCUCACCAUAGCACAGUCACCAGCUCUCCAUGUGGCACUCACAGUGGGUGCCAGGCUGUCCCCAACUCACCAGGGACCAGUGGCAGAGUGCUAGGUUGGGCAUGCCCCCAGUAUGCACUGAGUAAGGGUGCAGUCUGCACACCUGGCCCUCCUCAGCUCUGUUUUGCAGUGUGUUAACAGACCCUUUGUAACCAAGCUAUUAAAGGCAACCUGCACCUCUCUGACUCCUGCUUCCCCUCCCAGACACGGACAGUGGCCCCCUCCAUUCUGAAGCCACCCCCAUCCCUCUGUCAGGUGGUUAAAGGUGGAGGACGAGAUGGGGAGCCAAGGCUUGCAGCCUAGCCCUAGCCCCUAGGGAGGUACAAGGAAGCCUUGGCAGGUUGCCAUCCACCUCCCCAGCUGUGUCCACGGGCUCCCCUCACUUACAGGCAUGGCAACCCUGUGUUGGCUGCCCAGGCCACAGGGAGAUGGGUGAGGCACACAGGCCUUGCUGCUAGAGCCCCUGGCUGCUCCCUGCCGAGGCAGGGCCUGGGGUCCUACCCAACCUGCCAGCUGUUCAGACUGCAUACUCCUUGAACAUCCAGUCUCA